AUGGGACGUAAAAUGUGUGCGCCUUUGAAAGCUUGCAAAAGUCGCGAACUAAGAGGAGGGAUUCUUUAUACCGACUGCUACUGCCUACGUCGAAAUGGUUUACAGUAUGACUGUCGAAGAAGUGGCUGCCAAUCUUCCAAACUCUGCCAGACUUUACCAGCACCACUAUGUGGACCAGCUAACACAGCUUGCAUCAAGCACAAAUAUAAUCCACAUGCUGAACCAUUAUACAAUAUUUGUAAAAUGCGGAAAAAUAAUUAUUAA